GGAAAAUGAGGUGGUAACGGGCCCGCGGAUGACCCCGCGUCACCACUGUGAGGCCUACAGCUCUGCCGGGGAGGAGGAGGAGGAGGAAGAAGAGGAGGAAGAAGAGGAGGAGAAGGUAGCUACAUCAUACUGGGUGACAGGCAGAUCCAAAGGAUAUCAUGAAGUUUCCAGGACCUUUGGAAAACCAGAGAUUGUCUUUCCUGUUGCAAAAGGCAAUAUCUAGGGAAGCCCAGAUGUGGAAGGUGAAUGUGUGCAAAAUGCCUACAAAUCAGAAUGUUUCUCCAUCCCAGAGAGAUGAAGUGAUUCAGUGGCUGGUCAAACUCAAGUACCAAUUCAACCUUUACCCAGAAACAUUUGCUUUGGCUAGCAGUCUUUUGGACAGGUUUUUAGCUACUGUAAAGGCCCACCCAAAAUAUUUGAGUUGUAUUGCAAUCAGCUGUUUUUUCUUAGCUGCCAAGACUGUUGAGGAGGAUGAGAGAAUUCCAGUAUUGAAGGUGUUGGCAAGAGACAGUUUCUGUGGAUGUUCUUCAUCUGAAAUUCUGAGAAUGGAGAGAAUUAUUCUGGAUAAAUUGAAUUGGGAUCUUCACACAGCCACGCCAUUGGAUUUUCUCCACAUUUUCCAUGCCAUUGCAGUGUCAGCUAGGCCUCAAUUACUCUUCAGUUUGCCCACACUCAGCCCGUCCCAGCAUUUGGCGGUCCUUACCAAGCAGCUCCUCCAUUGUAUGGCCUGUAGCCAACUUCUGCACUUCAAAGGCUCCAUGCUUGCUCUGGCCAUGGUUAGUUUGGAAAUGGAGAAACUCAUUCCUGAUUGGCUUCCUCUUACAAUUGAACUGCUUCAGAAAGCACAGAUGGAUAGCUCCCAGUUGAUCCACUGUCGGGAGCUUGUGGCACAUCACCUUUCUACUCUGCAGUCUUCCCUGCCUCUAAAUUCCGUUUAUGUCUACCGUCCCCUCAAGCACACCCUGGUGACCUGUGACAAAGGAGUGUUCAGAUUACAUUCCUCCUCUGUCCCAGGCCCAGAUUUCUCCAAGGACAACAGCAAACCAGAAGUGCCAGUAAGAGGUACAGCAGCCUUCUGCCAUCAUCUCCCAGCUGCCAGUGGGUGCAAGCAUACCUCUGCUAAACGAAAAGUAGAGGAAAUGGAAGUGGAUGACUUCUACGAUGGAAUCAAACGGCUCUAUAAUGAAGACAAUGCUUCAGAAAAUGUGGGUUCUGUGUGUGGCACUGAUUUGUCAAGGCAAGAGGGACAUGCUUCCCCUUGUCCACCUUUGCAGCCUGUUUCUGUCAUGUAGUUUGAACAAGUGUUACCUUCAGGUGCAAAACUAAGGUAGACUACUCUGGGAAUGAGAACAUGCAAAACCAGGAGAGGAUAUAUAAGGGAUACAUACCUUAUCAGGCUGAAUUGAAGUGAGCCAGAAAAAAAAAACAAAAAAACAUGUUUACUAUAUCAAAAGAUCCAAAAUUAAG